AUGCCUCCAAAGACGAAAAAGGGAAAGCUAGGAUCAUCGCUUAAACAGAAGGGAAAGACAGUAUCGCCGAGGGAGGAGGUUCCGAGAGCGCAUGAGGCAGCUGAUGCAUCCCGUAAAGCCUUGAUACUGCCAAACACCAGCGCGGCGGAACUGGGCGCAAGCAUGAACGACUACCAACACGCGCUUUCUAUAUUCGCCGCGCUUUCUGAUGAGGCGAGGCGUAAGCUGAUCGACGAGCUCUCUGGGCAGACGAAGGGCAAGAAGAGGCAGCGUUCAGACGAUGAGGCCGAGGGGGUCGGCAGUCUCGCAACGAAGACAAAAAAGGCGACAGCGACGGCGACGGCGAACGGCUCCUCUCAUAGCCCGCAAGAAACGAGCACUGCUGUGCAAAACACGAAACCACUACCCUACGAACUCGAGCGAUAUAUCUUCGAGAUGAAUGCCUGGGCCGACCCGGUUUUUGCGAGGAAGGUCAGUCUGACCGCGAAGCGAGUGCAUGUAUGGAUGACCGCGCUCCUGCACAACCACAUCAUGCUCCAGAUCACGCAGUUUAACAGAGGCGUCAGGGAGCUGAUGAACGACGUCCGAGAGAAGCGCCGGCCGCCUGGGUACUACGAGGCGCACGUCAAGUCGCUCUCGAUACCCUACAACUUUGACGUCCCGGACGCGAUCAUGUUCCUCGAAGCGUUCCCCAAGCUGCGUGCCCUCGGGUGUUGGGUCUCCAUCGAACAACCCGGGGGCGUGGAGCCCGCGCAGCAGCUCUGGAAGGCCCUCAUCAGGCACGCACCGGAGAAGCUCAGCCUCCGGCUCCUGAACCUCUUCGAAAACAAUGCCCCGGACUGGAACGCGCCCAUCUGGCAGAACGUGACCCACCUCGAGAUCGUCGACUCGCACAUCUUCUGGAUGCACUGGAAGGAGCUCGCGAACUUGCCCAAGCUCACCCACCUCAGCCUCUACGCGCCCAUCGAGUUCCGGUUGCAGACGGAGCGCCUGCUGCCGACGAAGGCGGCGAUCAAGGAGCUGCUCGAGAACAACCCGCGGCUGAAGGUGGUCGGGUUGAACGCGACGAUGACGGAGGACACCACCUUGUUCAAAGUCUUCGAUGACGUGACGGAUCCUCGACUUGUCUUCUACCAAUAUUACCCGCAAGGACGCAUCACCUGGGCGUGGUUCUGCCACGUACGCGGCUUGCCGGACGUAUACAAAGUCCUCGAGGAAUUCUCAGAGAAACUACCUGCACACCCAAAAGCCAAAGAUAGAUGGUGCAAAGUGGAUGUCUCUCCCACCGAACUCAAGCUCUACAUCGACCCGUACGCGCAUCUGAGAAGAGACUAA